AUGGAGUGGGAUAGCAAUUCGGAUCUGAGCGCCGAGGAAGAGGAGGAAGAGGAAGGGAGCUUGAUUUUCAACGAAGACGACGAAGUUUCGGGCCCCGGCCCCGGCCCGCUUCCCUUCCCCGUCGAGAAUAUGCUCCGGACGGCGCCGUGCGGGUUCGUCGUCACCGAUGCUCUCGACCCGGACCAUCCCAUCAUCUACGUCAACACCGUCUUCGAAAUGGUCACCGGGUACCGAGCGGAGGAGGUUCUCGGUCGCAAUUGUGGUUGUGGUUGGCAUUUGGGAGCUCAUGUGCUUGUGAGUUGUCUAGGGUUUUGUUUGGGCUCGUAA